AUGCACAUAUUACCAGGUUAUAUUCACAUCUACAUAUUAGAGACUUUAUUUAAUUAUAAAUACAAUCAAAGCCAACUAAUAGAUAGUUUUAAUUAUGACGAUAAUAAUUUUUCAUCAACACAAAAUAAUGAAACAAUUUUAAUUAGUUUAGUUUCAAAAUCAUGGUUCAGUUAUUGCAGCAAAAUUAUUACAAAUUUAUUAAAACAAUCAAAUCAUUUAAGACUCUACCAAUUUAUAAAAGAUAAUCGAUAUAAUAUAAAUAAUUAUAGUAAUAAUGAAAAUAAUAGUUAUAAUAAUGGUUAUAAUAAAGAUAAUAUUAAUAAUUUACAAAGUUGGAAAUUAAUAAAAAAAGUAACAUAUAUAAGAAUCUCUUAUGAUGAAUUAAAAUAUUUAAAGGGAAAUAAAGAUAGUUUUAAUAAUAUAAGAAUAAAAGUUGAUAAUUUAGAUUUAGAUAAUAAACAAAUUACCGAGAUGAAAAGUUUAAAUCAAGAAAUCAAAGGAAUUAAAGAAAUAAAGGAAUUAGAGCAAAUAAAAUAUCCACACAAUUUCGAGUUUCAAAUAAAUAUUGGUGACCAUUAUAACUCAUUUAAUGAAAGCUUUAGCAACAAUCAAAAUAAUAAUUUAAGUUUAAAUCUAUAUGGAAUUUCUGUACCUUUAUUAGAAUUAAUGAAACUAAAGCCAAGAAGAGUUCAAUAUCAGCCAAAUGAAUACGCCAUAGAUACCUAUAUUCACAGGAGUUAUACCUGUUUUUUUAAAUCAGAGUGUCUCGAAGAACUUCAUAUAUCGAGAUCAGAUCAUGUAAAUCCAUUUGAUAUUUCAACCAUCAAUAACGAAUCAACAAGAUUAAAAUCAGUUUCAAUUUCAAUUUUAUUUCAUUCAAUUAUUAAAGGUUUAAAUGACUAUAAUAAAAUAAUAAAAAGCGAUAUCAAUCAUUAUGAUAAUAGUAAAUCAAAUAUAGCUAUGAGGUAUUUAAAGAACGAAUGUAAUGAAAGAUAUAGAGGCAUUAAACUUAUAAACUCUGUUAAAGAAGAUUGGGACCAAAUGGUUGCAACUUUAUCAAUUAAUUCAACUAUAAAAGAGUUACACCUUAAUAAUUUCAAAUGCAUACGGGCUUGCCAUUUUCAAGAUGUAUCUGUAGUCACUCUUGGUCUUGGGCAAAUAUUUUCAAGUCCAUUCACAUCAAUAGAAACAUUAAAGUUAGAAAAUUUUGACUUUAUCGACCCAAUACUACUUUCAGGUUUAUCUCAGAGUAAAACAAUUAAAAAUCUAUCAAUUAUUUUAGAUUCAAGCCACAAAAAAAGUUUUCAAAAAGUAUCAUUAAUCUUUGAAAAAUAUUUAAUACUGGACAUCUCUUUAAGAAAUUUAGAAAUUAUUUCAAAUUUAUCACUUUGUGAUUUUAUAUCAAUUUUUCAAGAAUAUCAAAAUAAUUUAGCUUUGUAUUCAAUUUCAAUUUUUUUAGAUAAUUACAUAAAAAAUGAAAUUUUAAUUUUUAAAAAUAAUAUAUUAUCUUCACAAUUAAAUAUUAUAGAAUUUAUAUUUUAUAACAAUAAUAAUAAUUAUUUUAGUUUUAUAAAUAAUAAUAAUAAUAACAUUUUUGGAAAUAAACAAACCACACCAUCACAUCAAUUCUUAAAUAGUAGUUUAGAUAUUUAA